AUGACUGGAACGCACAAGCCCAUGCGGCUCCCACCGCUCAAGGUUCUGCGCGUCAAGAACCCAAACCGCCAGGGCGAGAAGCCGUGCAUGGCUAUGAUGUCCUCGGUCCUCGUCCCUUUUGCCCCCCACUUUGUUCGAUGGAAACGCUCACUAACGUCGGGGGCUCUCGAAAUAGCAUGCUGGGCUUCGGCAGGAUACAACACGGCCGGUUGCGCACAGAUGGAGCAGGCCCUUCGAGCGUGUAUGGAUGGCCCGCAGCCCUCGGGGGGCCGGAGGAGCGAGAUCAACUACCACUUGUCGAGAUUCCAGUCGAGGGUUGCUGGUGUCAAGAAGCCUUAA